AUGCCUGGCCAUCACGCUACAGAACCCUCGACACAGCCGAUCAUCCUGUCCAUGGAAGUGGAUGAUGACGAUUCUUUUGAAAGCGAAUAUCGAUUGCGAAUCGGGAACCAAGUAAAAUAUCUCGUCAUCUCCCCCGGAACCUUUGACAGAGACACACUUUCAUUCCCCCUUCAGUCCCUGCCCCGCCUUCCUUACCAUGAGGAAUGGGCUGUGGCCAACAUUUCUCGGGACAAGAUUAGCGGCGACUUAAAAACCACCCUUUCGAGCCGACCACUAGCCGGCGUCAAGUGUCAAUGGCAUCAUGCCAAAGUUGAUUUUCUAGAAUUGGAGAAGACCAGACAGCUCACGGCAACGGCUUUUGAAGAAGCCCUCUCACCUUCGACUUUCCGCCUCGUUGUUGCAUCACCAGCCACCGUGAUCGCCAAAAUAGCCCGUUUUGAAUGGGAGCUGCCUCGUAUCGAACAAGAGACGAGGGCAUAUCAAUUACUGGAGGGUUCCGGAUUGGCCCCGCGCUUCCUCGCCCAUAUCCACGAGAAUGGACGCAUCAUGGGUUUUCUAUUGGAGAAAUUAGAUGGUCGCUCUGCUUCUCUUCGGGAUCUGAACGUCUGCGAAGCUGCUCUGAGGAAACUCCACGAACUAGGGCUUGAACACGGGGAUGUGAACCGAUACAACUUCCUCGUUACGGGAGAAGGUGUGCAACUACUCGAUUUUGAACGUCUUCGGGAGAAUGUUAGCCCCGAGUCAAUGAACAAGGAGUUGGAAAUGUUGCGUAAGGAAUUGGUCGACGAGUCAGGUCGCGGCGGAGGUUUCAUGUUCCAUGGCGAUGAUAACUGA